UCAACGACUGCUGGCGUGUGAUUACCGAUUUUAUUAAAUUGUUACAUUUGUCAAUAAUUAUUAAUGUUUUUAAGGCCGUUUACUAUAUAAAUAUAACGGAUUUUUUUGAUUAUAUUUCAAUUUCAUCAGAUACAAACAGAAAAGAAAUUAAAGUGGUAUUUUAAAUAUAUCAUGUGAAUAUCAAGUUGUCUUUUAAACAUUACUAAAUAAAAUCGAGCUUUAAUGAAUAAUAAUAUGAGCGCCCAGCAGAGCCCGGCUAAUAUGCAGGCCGUCGUAGAUAGGGAAAAGAUAUACUCAUGGAUUUUGGAACUAUGUAACCCAGAAACUCGUGAGAAUGCUCUCUUAGAACUAAGUAAAAAGCGUGAAGUCGUACCAGAUUUGGCGCCUAUGCUGUGGCACAGUUUCGGUACAAUUGCAGCACUUUUACAAGAAAUUACCAAUAUCUACGUGGCUAUGAUACCACCUACACUCACAGCUCAUCAGAGUAACAGAGUUUGCAAUGCUUUAGCAUUAAUGCAGUGCGUCGCAUCUCACCCUGAAACGAGAUCAGCUUUUCUUCAAGCACAUGUUCCAUUGUUUCUUUACCCUUUUCUACACACUGUUUCUAAAACUCGUCCAUUUGAAUAUCUAAGACUAACUAGUUUGGGUGUAAUUGGAGCUCUAGUGAAAACUGAUGAACAAGAAGUGAUCACUUUCCUGUUAACUACUGAGAUUAUACCAUUAUGUUUACGCAUUAUGGAAAAUGGUUCAGAACUGUCAAAGACUGUGGCAACAUUUAUAUUACAGAAAAUUUUACUAGAUGACAGUGGUUUGAGUUAUAUUUGCCAAACCUAUGAUAGAUUUUCACAUGUAGCUAUGAUCUUAGGAAAAAUGGUUUUAUCACUAGCCAAAGAUCCAUCUGCAAGGUUGCUAAAACAUGUGGUUCGCUGCUACCUCCGUCUUUCUGAUAACCCCAGAGCACGAGAAGCAUUAAGGCAGUGCCUUCCAGACCAAUUGCGGGAUGCAACAUUCACAGCAUGUCUUCAAGAAGAUAAUUCUACUAAGCAUUGGUUAGCACAAUUGAUUAAAAAUCUUGAAGCCCAGCCACCCCCUGCCAGUCCAGCCCAACAGAAUAUGUGAGAUUUAAAUAUACGUAGGUUUUCUCAUUACAAAGUCUUUAAAAUGUAAAAGAAUUACAUUUUAUACUAUUGUAAUGGUUAACCUAUACCUGUGAUCAAGAGUGAUUACAACUAAACAAAACUUUUAAUGAAAUAUGUUAUAGUGGGAUAAAAUAAUUGAAACUGUCAAACCUUUUUGUUUUCAUAAUUUUUAGCCGUCAUAUAGAUAUAGUUAACAUGUGCCUGAAUGUGCAAAUUCAAAACAAGUGUUUUUAUCCUAUAGCUAUGAAUUAAGUAAAAUAUUCUAGAUAAAAGUUAUAUGAAUUUGCACUGUUUAACUUGUCUUUGCUAGUAAAUCUUAUUAAUUGACAUUCAAAUGAUUUAAUAGUAUUAAAACAAAGAAAUAUUAGCCACAUGUUGCAAUCAAUGUAUUAUUUCUCUAGAUAUAAAACAAGAAAGCACUAAUUUUGUAUACUGUAGUAGAGUGAACUACUAAUAAAAGUUUUCAUAUUGAAAUAUUUAGACUUUUAAUUAUUAUCUUAUGGUUACGAGGGUGUGAUAAAUAGUUGCUUCAUUUGCAACAUAUUACUAGUAGUCAAAUAAGAAAUUAAUGUUAAAUGUAUUAAAUCGCCAACUUGUAGUGGUAAACAGCUAUGCACGGACAGGGUUUACAUGUAUGUUGGCAACAAAAGAAAUUCAUACAUUUGUCAUCAUUACUGCAGGUAAUGAUUUAAUUAAAUAUUAAAGUUUAGUUUAGCUGUAUAUCCUCUUCGUGCAAUACUGAGAUGUUAUGAUAUGACCGGCAGUAUUUCACUAAGCCAAUAUGUAAAUUAAAUGUAAAGUCAUAUAAAUUGUGUGUAGUAUAACAUAUGUAACAAUGUUGUGUUUAAAUGACUAAUAACUUGAUUUUUUUUUAUUUUUUUUUAUAUGCGCCGGGAUGGCAAAUGACUCAACUCCACCUGAUGGUAAGUGGUAGUAGAGUCCAAACGCGACGACGGCCAGUACAGUCGGGAAGAAUGUUCUGUACUAGCCGUCCCUGCCUUGCCGGCCCGCAAGAUGCCUCUUCACGCCUCGUUAAAGGCACCCUUUUUUGAUACUGUAACAUAGCAAUAUAUACAUAAUAUAUCAAUAAUGUAUUAAAUGGGAUAAGCAAUUGAUAUACAAAAAUAAUUUAUUUAAUAUUGUAAUAGUUAGAAAUCUGGGCCUCUAAUAGGAUAAUUUGAUAAAGCCCAGUGCUUUGCACUAACAUAUCUUAAUUUGGAAGGUUUUGAUAUAACUGAUUUUUCUAUGUGAAUUUUAAAAUCAUCUUGAUGUAAAGCAGGUUUUGCUGUAAUCUUCUUUUUCAAUCUGUUUGAAUCAAUACUGUCUUUUAUUUUUAUUGUUGUUUUAGACUUGGAUUUAUGAGAGCUACCUUUUAAUAUACCAUUAAAAUUAUCUUUAAAUUGAGUUCCACAGCUUACUGUCUCUAUACACUGUGUACAAGAUUUAUCUAAAAUAGAAUAGUUCUUUCUUCCUGAAGUUUGUAUUUCUUUAGAGCUCCCUCUUGCAUGAAGGCAUUUACAAGGUAUGUUAUGAUCUCGUUUAUGAAUUAAAGUUACACAAUUGUUAUCACACCUUAAAGGUCCAGAGAAAAGAGUGUUAAUAGCUGAAUGGACUAAAUUCUUUUUAGUUUGUUUAUCACCAAUUCUCAAUCGAGGUGUAACAAGGCCAGUGAUACGUGGUGAUUCAAAUUUAUUUGUUUUCUUCUUCUCUGUUUGUAAAUUUUGUUUUGGUUUAACAUUAUUCCUUACAUUAGUAUUUGUGUUAACUGAUUUUUCUAAAAAUACCACCUUUCUGCUCUCAUUGGAUGAUGGUUUUAAAAUAGGAUCCACAAUGUCAUUGCAAAGUUUUCGGGCUAUUACAGACAUCUGUAGCUUUUCUGAAUAAAUUGGUAAUUUCAAACCUUAAGUUAUUAACAGGUUAAACAUUGUAAUGGUUUUUGGUAAGUAAAAAUUUUAACCUACAUUUUGAAAUACAUUGAAUAUUGUCAGUUAGAUUUUAUUAUGUCAAGAUUUUACUACAACCUUUUUUGUAUAAAAUUGUUUAUUAAACUAUAGCAAGAAAAUAAAAUAAUACCUACCCUG